AUGCGAUGCGCGAGCAAGGCCGCCGAGAGCGCGUCCGCACGUCUCUGUGCGGACGCCGAAGCAAAAACCGCUGCAACCGAUGUGUCAUCGGUUGCUAAGCCGUCUCAGUCUGUAUCACCUGAGUAUGAGCUCGGUGUCUCAUACUCCCCUGAUACGGAAGAUGGAUCUGUAUCGAAGGCGGUUGAAACCAAGCCGCCUGUCAAGCGUGGCAUGGAUGAUGCUAUGCGUCGUAGCAUCUUUGGUUCAUCUGACGAAUCAGAUGAACCAUCGCCAAAGCGAAGGCAUUCGAGAUCGCAAGACUCGGGCGCUCACAGUGGUGUCGGUUCUCCUGUUGACACCACGUCGCAGCGAGGUACCAGCACUUCUGUCGGCACGUCGCAAGAAGAGCGGGACCGCAGUGUGUUGUGUCUCGCUCCCGAGAUGGAGGCAUGGAUGCCUCCAAAAAUAGUCAUGGAUCACUUGUCGGCGACGACAAGUGAUCGCUAUCGAACACGAUUGUUCGAUUCGUCAAGGAUCUACCACCUUGGCCCCAGUGCGAAAGACUAUCGCGCUGAGAAUGAUUUCUUCAUCGAUGCUUUCUUUAAACAUCGAUGGUACAGUGGGAAUCACAAAAGUGAUGGUCCCUCACUGCUUCAAGCGUGGAACGCUUACAUCCAUAACCUUGAGGAUGUAGGUAGUGACGUUUGGAACGACAAACUUAUCAAAGCUCGUGAUAAGUUUGAAAAGCGAACCCCGACAGGUGCACGCUACAAGCUGCAUCGUCUGUCAAGGGAGAAGGAAUUACCCUGCCUCUCUUGGGAGGUAAGCCUCCUUAGGUGCUCGUGGUGGCGCGUACGUAUCUCUACUGAGAUGCACGAAGGGAUUGAUGACCUGAAAUCCCUUUACGACCGUGCCGGGAAGACUUUUUCCGGCGGUCCUUCUGCGGCACAGGAUGUGCCGCGUCGUACUGCUCGACCAGACCCAGUACGUCAAUCAUCAGUUGGGAGCGGGGCUCCUAAGUAUCUCAUGACGGGGGAUAACCGCGCCACCGGACGAGGUAACUCGUCCGACGUCCGUUCACAUCGCGGUGGUUCAACAGCCGCUCAACCAGAUAGCGCUGGCCACCGCGAGAGUCCUACAAUGGAGGUGGAGGAGGAGGGAAAACGCUCUCCAAACUAUCUUGGGAGAGCGUGUGUCCCCAAGAGACUCUUGAAUAGCGUAACUAUUGCGUUGCGUGGCGACCUCGAGCAUGAGCGGGACAGGCGUCUUCAACUGGCGGACACUGUCUUGAAGCAUCGAGCUGAGUUUGCCUUUGCUUAG